CUUUAUUACCUAAUACUCUGUCUAUUACUAGACCCUACUCGUGAACACUCUUAGACUUCAAGCUGAGAGUCUCCCUCCUUUAAUACGGUAAAUAGGCGGUCUUCCUUUGCCAAUUAACUCCUCAAUUUCUUCUUUUUUUGGUCAAAAUUAAAAUCACCUCGCUCCUUGAUAUGAUGGUGAUGAUCCAGUGCAUCGCAUGGAUUUUUCAUCUCUUGCGUUCCCGGUUUGGAGACAAAGGAUUUGGCUAUUUUCCAGACGAGAUCUUAAUUGAUAUUUUGAGCAGGCUUCCCGCUGAUGCGAUUCUACAAUGUCGUAAAGCGUGCAGGCAUUGGAACACUUUGACUUCAUCCAAUCAUUUUAUCGCGGUGCAAAACGAAAGGGCUCCCUCCGUUCUUAUGCUGCAAUGCCAUCUAUCCCUACAUGGUUCACUUCACAAAAGAAAUUAUUAUGUUUAUGAUUCACUUGGUAAAAAGUUGAGAAAAAUUUCUCUUGAGUCGUCAAGGUUCCAACUAGACGGUGGCAUACCUUGCCUAUACGGUGCUUGUGGCCCUCUACUUCACAUUAAGCAUCUGAGACGCACGUUGGUGUCAUACAACGGUCGCUAUUACGCGCCCAAGUAUGAACACAACAUUGUUUUCAACCCCAUCACUCGACAACUAGCGCCCAUGAAAAAGGGUUUGAAUCAUUAUGUGAGCGGCAUAUUCUUUAAUGAAUCGAGGAACGAAUACAACUAUCUACGUGCACACCAUGAGAAGAGAGGGUUUCGGUUUCGUGUGUACAGUCUAGCAGCUUCCCGUGCCGAUGAGGAGGAAAUUGCAUGUGCCCCUUUUUUGUGCAGGUCGUACGCGUUCACUAAUUACCCGGUCACCGUGGGCAAAGUUUUGUAUUUGAUGGUGAUUCCUGCUAAGAGGGACGACAUAAGGCAUUAUUGCAUACAAUCGGUGCUCAUAUUUGACACGGAUUCUGAAACAUUCGGCAUUUUGCCACAUCCAGAAUUCGAAUGCCGCGGUGUUUGUAGGAUGGGCAUGUAUUUGUUUGUUCACGAUGGCCAUCUCUGCCUCUGCCGCCGAAACCAUAAAUUGGGGCUACUGGGCAUAUGUGUUUUGGAGGAUCAUGCAAACUGGGAAUGGGUGCAAUUGGCUGUGAUUAGUCUCCCCAUUCCAAAAGGGAUUCGAAUGUGGGGGGUCUUGGGGGAUUUUGAUUUCAUGAUCUUUAGCGUCGGAAAAGAUGAGUUGUUAGUGUCUUGGUUUUUGCUCUUAUUUCUGGUCAACUUGAAGGAUGACACCGUUACAAAAAUUAAAACGCCAUAUAGUAACAUAUAUCACUAUCCUCGUUGGGUUGCUUACAGGAGCACGCUCGCAGCGCCACGUCUCGUUUGGGACCAAACCGAACCUCUUUCCUUUACUCUCUAAGAAGUCGAUUGCUUUGCUCAAGUUACAUAUGUGCUUUUAGAAAAUAAAGGAUUUUUAUUAGUUGGGUUAUAGUGAAUGAGUAGUAGAAUUAAUUAUUGGUUUGUUUUUUCUUUUCACGUGAGUAGUUGUUUGGCUGUGUUACCUUGUCACUUGAAUAAUAAGCUUUGGCUCCU